AUGCCCUUCCCACAAUCAUCUCCCUAUGGUGGCGGUAGCCCUUCAGGACCGCCUCUCAAUCUCAGCCCAUCAGUCGGUUCAGACGGCCCACGACAUUAUGCUGCAGGUUACAUCUCCACCGCUUCGUCGAAUCAACAUCAGAACCUCAACAGCUUUGGCGCCGACUCUACAGCUGACCAGGAUGAUUGGAUUCCAUCCGCGGCUAUCAACGGAAGAUUGAGAGGCUCGGGAAGUGGCUCGGGCAGUAAAUCUACUUAUCGUGGAUCGGGUGGUGGUGGACUUUUUGCGCCUAAAGAGGUCAAUACGCCUCUGCGUAACUCUCGUAAUUCUGGAUUGUUUGGAUCGAGUACCAAACUAGCUCAGUCAGUCAAAUCUAAGCGAUUAAGCGACGCGCUCGAGGAUGACGCGCCCCCAAAAGAGUCUCUCUUCGACGACGAUCUAGGACAAAGCAAAUCUCGACAUGACCCAUCGGCACACCGGACGCUUGGCUCAAGCCUUUCCACAUCCCAAACAUAUCAAUCCGAACUACCUUCAUCUUCGAGUACUAACGAUCUCAACUCACAAACCGGUUCGGCAGGCUACAAAGUUUUUGUCUUUGGCUUUGCUCAAUCUCAACAAGCAUUCGUCCUUAAACACUUCACAUCUAUUGGUGACUUACUUCAAUCUCCGGAACCAUCUGUAGAUGGUGGUAACUGGGUCACACUCACCUACAAACAUGCUUGGGCAGCGCAGCGCGCAAUUCGGAAGAACGGGGAGGUCCUAGGAGGAGUCAUCAUGAUCGGCUGUAAAGCAGCUGAUGAUCAUUCAAUUCCCCCCGAAACAUCUUCAACCGAUCCUAUCAGCCGUUCAUCAUCGAAUGCGAUUCUCAGUAGACCAGUAAAGACUUACGAGGCACACGAAGGUGUAUUUGCUACCCCAACUCAAGCUCGUGAACUGAGUUUGAAAGGUUUGAUAAAUAGCGCCGGUAAACCAAAUCCAGCGAUCUUUCAAAACUCUGUCGAAGGCAAAAGUGAAGGAUCAGACACUUAUUUGAACCGCGCUUUGGACUUGAUCUUUGGCUGGUAAAAAACGUAUCACUAGCUUGAGAUUGUUUUGUGUGGGCUUGUUUUUACUUGAGAUUCUAGGCUAUUUUACUUUAUUUUUCAAUUUUUGUGGAGAUGUAGGUUUUGCUCCGGGUGUCGUUGCUUGUGAAGUUUGUAUUUCGUUUCUGAACAGGUUUGGCUAUUGCAUCAUAUAAUAUGGACUG